AUGCCCAUCGAGGAAUUGAAACCGAUCCACGUGGCGAUGGCAUCCGCAAUAUCGUUUGAACCUUCAAAUUCGGGGUUCCAGAUCGCUGUGAACCACGGCUCGGUCACUAACCACUUCCACAUGCCUAAAGAAACGAAAGAGAUGAAUCCUAGACCUUGUGAUCAACCUCAAGCCCACUAUAUUAUCCCUUCGUUGGAAAACCGUCAUUUUACUGGCCGUGAAUUCACGCUAGAUCAGCUUAAACAGAAACUAUUUCUACAAGCCAAUACUAGAAAAGUAGCUCUAUUCGGCCUAGGUGGCAUCGGCAAGACCCAAGUUGCUCUUCAGCUUGCCCGCUGGGUGCAAGCGCAUAUACCAGACUGCUCAAUUUUCUGGGCUCCUGCGCUUAGUGUCGAGAGUUUUGAGCAGGCUUGUUCGCAAAUCGCGAAAGAGCUGCAAGUCCAUCAGAGUUCAGACGGUGAAAGUGCGAUGGAAUUAGUACACCGACAGCUAAGCUCUAAUAAAGCCGGAAAGUGGCUUUUCAUUGUCGACAAUGCCGACGAUGUGGACUUGCUUUUCGAUAAGCUUGAUCAGUAUUUCCCUGCUAGCAACAAAGGCGUUACUUUGCUCACUACUCGUUCCCGUGAGGUGGCACUGUCGUUCGCAGGAAGGGAUAUAGUUGAGCUCCAAAAGAUGACAACGGAGGAAGGGAUUACUUUCCUUACUAAGAUUGUAGGAGAGGACUCGCUUUGUGACCAGAUCUCCACUAUGCAAUUACUGGAAGAGCUAAACUUCCUACCUCUAGCUAUUGCGCAGGCGGCUCACUAUAUUUGUCGAAACGAUGCAACUAGCACACGGUACCUCGAGCUUUUGCAUAAAACCGAAAAAGACCGGAUACGUCUAGCGGGUAGGGAGUUCCACGAUAGCACUCGCUAUCGUAGAAUGCCUAACGCGGUGACCACCACAUGGCUUAUCUCAUUCAAUCAGAUUCAGAGCUCAGAUCCCUCUGCUACCGAUUUAUUAGGAUUUAUGUCUUAUCUUGAGCCAAAGGCAAUCCCGCGAUCUAUUCUCCCCCCCUCGAUUCGGAAGAGGAGAUGGAGUUUGCGAUUGCCUCGUACAGUUGUCAACCCGAUCAAGCAUUUUCCAUCCGAUGAAUACACAAAUCGUGACACAUGGAGGAUGUACCUACCACACGCCCUUGAGAUUCUUAGGAGAGGGGAAAGUCAGGAUAUAAGUGAGACGUAUAGCUUGCUUUCCAAGGUUGGGAAUUGCGUUCUAGCGGAUGGCCGAGCGAGAGAAGCUGUUACCUUUUUUGGGACUGUGUGUGCAUGGAAUGAAAGACACUAUGGUGAAGAACAACCUGAUCGACUGGCAUCUCAGCACGAACUCGCAAGGGCAUACCAAUCCAACGGGCAGAUCAAGCAGGCCGUGGAGCUACUUACGCACGUGGUCGCGGUGAAAGAGAGAACGCUCGAUGAAGAACAUCCCUCUCGACUGGCAUCUCAGCACGAACUCGCAGGGGCAUACCAAUCUAACGGGCAGAUUAAGCAGGCCAUGGAGCUACUUAAGCACGUGGUCGCGGUAGAAGCGAGAACGCUCGAUGAAGAACAUCCCUCUCGACUGGCAUCUCAGCACGAACUCGCAGGGGCAUACCAAUCUAACGGGCAGAUUAAGCAGGCCGUGGAGCUGCUUAAGCACGUGGUCGCGGUGCAAGAGAGAACGCUCGAUGAAGAACAUCCCUCUCGACUAGCAUCUCAGCACGAACUCGCAGGGGCAUACCAAUCUAACGGGCAGAUCAAGCAGGCCGUGGAGCUGCUUAAGCACGUGGUCGCAGUGAAAGAGAGAACGCUCGAUAAAGAACAUCCCUCUCGACUGGCAUCUCAGCACGAACUCGCAGGGGCAUACCAAUCUAACGGGCAGAUCAAGCAGGCCGUGGAGCUGCUUAAGCACGUGGUCGCAGUGAAAGAGAGAACGCUCGAUGAAGAACAUCCCUCUCGACUGGCAUCUCAGCACGAACUCGCAGGGGCAUACCAAUCUGACGGGCAGAUGAACCAGGCCGUGGAGCUGCUUAAGCACGUGGUCGCGGUGCAAGUGAGAACGCUCGAUGAAGAACAUCCCUCUCGACUGGCAUCUCAGCACGAACUCGCAAGGGCAUACCAAUCUAACGGGCAGGUUAAGCAGGCUGUGGAGCUACUUAAGCAUGUGGUCGCGGUGGGAGAGAGAACGCUCGAUGAAGAACAUCCCUCUCGACUGGCAUCUCAGCACGAACUCGCAGGGGCAUACCAAUCUAACGGGCAGAUUAAGCAGGCCAUGGAGCUACUUAAGCACGUGGUCGCGGUAGAAGCGAGAACGCUCGAUGAAGAACAUCCCUCUCGACUGGCAUCUCAGCACGUACUCGCAGGGGCAUACAAAUCUAACGGGCAGAUUAAGCAGGCUGUGGAGCUGCUUAAGCACGUGGUCGCGGUGCGAGAGAGAACGCUCGAUGAAGAACAUCCUGAUCGACUGGCAUCUCAGCACGAACUCGCAAGGGCAUACCAAUCUAACGGGCAAGUUAAGCAGGCCGUGGAGCUACUUAAGCACGUGGUCGCGGUACGAGUGAGAACGCUCGAUGAAGAACAUCCUGAUCGACUGGCAUCUCAGCACGAACUCGCAAGGGCAUAUCAAUCUGACGGGCAGAUCGAGCAGGCCGUGGAGCUGCUUAAGCACGUGGUCGCAGUGAAAGAGAGAACGCUCGAUAAAGAACAUCCCUCUCGACUGGCAUCUCAGCACGAACUCGCAAGGGCAUAUCAAUCCAACGGGCAGAUUGAGCAGGCUGUGGAGCUGCUUAAGCACGUGGUCGCGGUGCGAGAGAGCACGCUCGAUGAAGAACAUCCUGAUCGACUGGCAUCUCAGCACGCACUCGCAGGGGCAUACCAAUCUCAGAUCAAGCAGGCCGCGGAGCUACUUGAGCAUGUGGUCGUGGUUCAAGAGAGAACGCACAAUGAAGAUCUGAUCGAUUAG